UGUUGUAGUUUUGCGGCGGAAUUUUACGGGAUUCACACAAAGUUCAAAGAUUUACAAUGAAGCUCCUUAUUCCGGUUGAUUCCUUUAAUUUCGAGGACCCGUUCUACGCAGAACAAUUCGAAUGGCUGCUCCAGUGGAGCAAACUUCAUUGCGGCGCCCAGGACGACUCCUUGGAACUCACGGAUUUGCAAAUGCAACUGCUAUCCGCCAAAAACCAGAAUGAGAGGCUCGCCCUAGAGCGGGAUCAGCUAUCGAAGCAGCUCCAGGAUGAACAGCAAGACAAGCAGGACCUCCAGAAAGCGAUCGAAAAGGUCACAUACGAUUUGCAGUUCGCCUCUUCCCAGAAGGAGCAGUUGACCAUUGAGCGAGACGGUAUGAUAUUGCGAUUGGAAGAGUUGAAUGCCCAGAAUCAAAGCAUCGUUGCCAAAUUGGAGGCGCAGAUCGGGUCUAUGCAGGCCAUCAUUUCCGAGUCGCAGCAACAAAUACAGCAAAAGGAAGAAUUGCGUCGCCAAUUGCUGAACAACCUCGAUGCACAGGAACGGGCGCAUCUGCAGGAAAUAGAGAAGCUAAAACAAAGUCUGGAGAACAACAACUUGGACAGCAUCAGCUGCUCCAUCUGCCUGGAAGUCUGGAACGAGAGCGGUGCCCAUCGGGUCGUCUCUGUGGCAUGUGGCCAUCUCUUCGGGGACUCGUGCAUUCGAUCUUAUCUGAGCCAGUACAGCAUGUGCCCGAUUUGCCGACAAGUGGCUUAUAUCCAAGACCUCCGCUACAUCUUCGGUCGCCGCAUCUUGUCCGGCCAACAAUAAUGUUAAAUUAAUAAUUAGAAGGGUCUGUAAGAGGGCAUUUCCAAUAUUUGGAUUUGUUUAUAGCCUUAAGUUCUCGAAGUGCCAUGUGAGCUUGGCUUCUUUUUGUUUACUUGU